CUUCCUAUGACAAAGGAUCGUUAAGAUAACAAUUUUUAAAAAAAAAAAAAUCACGGAGAGCAUGACCGGAGCGAAGACGACGGCGAGAAAGGGAUCGAUCUCUAGAGACGAGGGGGGCGAAUUCGAAGGUAGAUGAAGUCAUCUCUAGAUUCAACGCUGAUACCUGUGGCGGUCUCCUCAUUCUUGGUGGAUAAAUGUCAACUCAUUCGCCCCCAAUCCACUUCCCGGUCUUCCCUCGGCAUCUCCCUCCCUCGUCGCCGGAUCCAAGCUUACAAGUGUUACAAGACCAUAGAAUUGAAUAAGCAAGAGAUUGGGCAGUUGCGUUUCUGGUGCCAAUAUUGGAUUCUAGUUGCAUUGUUGACAGCAUUGGGAGUAUUUGCUGAUAUAUUCUUCUCAUGGUUACCAUUCUAUUACGGAGCAAAGCUUGGAGCCUUCCUGUAUUUGUGGCAUCCCAGGACAAAAGGAGCAACAUUUGUCUAUGAAACAUACCUAGGGCCUUUUAUCGCGGAGCAUGAGUCUGAGAUUGAUAGGUUGUUGUUCGAGUUUAGAGCAAGGGCCACAGAUAGGGGAUUGAUAGCUUGGCAGAUGGCUGCUAACUACUUGCAGACAAGUGUUUCUGAGAUGAUGAAAUAUGCUAUUUCAUUGAUGCCAGCAAAAAAGAUGAAUUCUACAGAGCCACAGGAACAGCAGCAAGCUCCUUGGUUAAGUUCUGCAAUGCCGUCUGUGUCUGUUCGUCAACCGGCACCAUCUCAGCAACCUCGAAAGGAAGCAAGGUUUGAGCCCAAUCCUACCAAAAGGCAGGCACGAGAACAGCCAACAAAGGAAGCCAUGUCUCUCCUGCCUUCUUCAGCCCAGUCCCAAGAGACAGCUCCUGAAAUAGACAGUUCAGAAACUGCUCGCAUACCCACUCCAGCCGAGGAACCAAUUGGGGAUGAGGAAUCCGGUUCUGAACCGGUUGAAGACUCAGAUCAGCUAGGUGAGGAGACACCGGUCUAGGCAGCAAUACAUGUAGCAAGCGACAGUUUGAGAAAGCGAGUUGCCAUUACUGCAACCAGCCCUGCAUAGCUGUGUCUUCCUUGGUAGAAGGAUCCAAGAUUGUUUUACUCAACAACACAUACCAG